AUGUCUACCCUUAUCAAGCACUUGCUCUUACCUUCAGUGCUAGCUACCACAUCCUUUGCUCAAAACACUUCUGAAUCACAAUCUCAAUCUUUGACAUGCGACGAUCUCUCUGAAAGCCUAGCACACAACGCUUCCAUCAUCCAGAAUACAACGGCCCUAAACCUCGUAUGGCUUGGAGACGAGGAGAGGGUGGCCAUCACAGAAGACGACCAAACUACUUGGAAAAUCUCGUCCUACAUUGGGCCUGGGUAUAAUGGCGGCAUGGCGAAGUACAACGAGAACGAAACCCAAGCUGUUCUAUGGCUUGACACUGGAGACUCGGACAUGGAGCGUCUAGGCGAUAUAAUGGGCCUAUGUCACAGCUUUGUUCCUUUACAGAACCGCACCACUGGAGAGUUGGCGUGGAGUAGAGAGGUAUUGGAGAGGGCUGGGGAAGAUGAUGGGGAUUGUAAGACCAUGUUGGGAACAGAGUGUGUAGAGGCGCUCGAGUCAUGGUAUCGAAGACAAGGACAAGCUGCAUGGAACGAUGACCAGUACCCGCCCUGCUCUGCUAUCCAGAAUACUAUACCUUCUGAAUGUGAAGGCAUGAUAUCUGAGGCUGUGACAAUGGAUGUUGUCCGCCUCAACACUUCCGCUGAAGACCGCAUAUGGAAGUGGGACCAAGGCAUUAAUAUAACUUCAUUCUCUGAUGACGUCAUCGUACCCACGUGCGGCGACCGAAAUCUCAGCAGCAGCUGGGGUAAUAGGAUCUACCAAACGACUGACUACGACGUAGCGCUUAACUUUCCCAUCGUGGACAUCAUGACUUUCUAUCCUACAGUCUCCAGUACUAGAGGAGGCAGCAGCCGGGAAACUCAUGCGAAGGCGGUUUGUUUAAGGCCUGAAAAUAUACAGGAGGGAAGUCGGGCUCCGAGGAGUGUGAAAGAGGUACUUGAUGAGCACUAUGGCCCACAUGACGACGAGUCCAGUGCCGAGAGGGUCCUUGGACGAGGUGGUGAGGCUGUGCUAGCAUUGGCUUCUAGUAUAGGAGUGGGACUUUGGCUCCAACUAUGA